CACAAAACCCCUCCUCUCUUCCUUCCCCUGCACUCUCUACAAUUCCCCCAAAUCAAUUUCACACACAGAUACCGAGAGAGAGAGAGAGAGAGUGAGAGAGAGAGAAUUCGUAUAUUUAUUAAAUAAUUUAAGUUAUUCAUAGGAAAUGGCUGCGGUUAAUUUGCAAUUGCCGCCGGGAUUCCGGUUCCACCCGACCGACGAGGAGCUCGUCCUGCACUACUUGUGCCGGAAAUGUGCCUCUCAGUCGAUCUCCGUUCCGAUCAUCGCCGAAAUCGACCUCUACAAGUACGAUCCCUGGGAAUUACCAGGUUUAGCUCUGUACGGUGAGAAGGAGUGGUAUUUCUUCUCUCCUAGGGACCGGAAGUACCCUAACGGCUCGAGGCCGAACCGCGCCGCCGGCAGCGGUUACUGGAAGGCGACCGGCGCGGAUAAGCCGAUCUGUCAGCCGAAGUCGGUUGGAAUUAAGAAGGCGCUGGUGUUCUACUCCGGCAAGGCGCCGAGAGGAGAAAAAACUAACUGGAUUAUGCACGAGUAUCGCCUCGCCGACGUCGACCGCUCGGCUCGGAAGAAGAACAAUAGCCUUAGGCUGGAUGAUUGGGUGCUUUGCCGCAUAUACAACAAAAAGGGCACGAUCGAGCGUCGGCAGCAGCAGGCGAGCGUCGGCAGCCGAGAAAUGGCGAGCGUGGUGACCUCGGAGGAGGACACUAAGCAGGGGAUCCUGAAGUCGGUGCCGGAAUCUUCGCCGGUGGUGUACGACGACUUCAUGUACCUCGACCCCUCGGAUUCGAUGCCGCGGCUGCACACGGACUCGAGCUGCUCCGAGCACGUGCUGUCUCCGGAGGUGGAGAGCGCGCCUAAGCUAUCGGAGUGGGAGAGAACGACGCUGGAUUUCCCCUUCGGGUUCAUGGACAGCGCGUUGAUCGGGUCGCAGUUCCACGGGAAUUAUCCGAUGGAGUCGGUGCACGACUUGUUCGCGCCAUACAUGAGCAAGCCGUUCUGAAGUGCGGGCAAUGUGUUCGGACUACUAAAUUUUUACUCGGGGCUAGGUCGCACGUGGCACAGGAGACUUGGGUCUAUGAGUGUGCACGUGCGGGCGGGACAGGGUAAUGAAGUUGUGAUGUGAUGGUGAUUAGUGGGUAAUUAUGUUUGUAUUACAGUGUAAUAUGGGUUGGUAUAACAGAAUGAAAAAAGCAUUAGUGAAAUGGUAUACUAAUAGAGGGCAUUUUGCUCUUAUUUGCCAGUGGAAGUGUAAUUACAAAAGGAAAUUGGAUUUCUAUCUAUGUAAAUCCAUUUUACUACUAAA